GGAACCACUGCAGUUUCAGGGACCAGGCGUUUGGUGCAAGCUCACGCUCGAUGUCACUUCCGCUGACGUCACCACUGCGUCACUUCCUGCUUCCUUGCGGGUGGGUCAUUUCUGUGUCCUUGCGGUGCAGGGCAGGAGGCCACCGAGGCAGACGCGAUGACUGAGGCUGAUGUAAAUCCGAAGGCCUACCCCCUCGCAGACGCCCACCUCACCAAGAAACUACUGGACCUUGUUCAGCAGUCAUGUAACUACAAGCAGCUUCGGAAAGGAGCUAAUGAAGCCACCAAAACCCUCAACAGAGGCAUCUCUGAGUUCAUCGUGAUGGCUGCAGACGCUGAGCCGCUGGAGAUCAUCCUUCACCUUCCGCUGCUAUGUGAGGAUAAGAACGUGCCCUACGUGUUUGUGCGCUCUAAGCAGGCCCUGGGGCGGGCCUGCGGGGUCUCCAGGCCUGUCAUCGCCUGUUCUGUCACCAUCAAAGAAGGCUCACAGCUGAAGCAGCAGAUCCAGUCCAUUCAGCAGUCCAUUGAAAGGCUCUUAGUCUAAACCGGCGGCCUGUGCCCCACUCCUGAGUCCUCCCCUUGGGGUUGUGUAUCAUAUUGUCUGUGUUAGCAUGUAGUACCUCCGGCCACGUUCUCUUGUUGUAUCACAGUACUAAAUCCGGGUUUUGCAUUUUUGUAUUAUUUUUGUUUUACGGGGUGUUAUCCAUAUAUUAAUCCUCCACCCAGCCCAGUCUCCCAUUCUUCUCUGCCAUCUUAUCCUCCCUUUUGAAAAAUGAACUAAUGCGAAGAACAGGCGGAGACAGAGUGGUGAUACCAUUCAAAGGCAGGGAAGAGCCAGGAUAGAGAUCUCGUUCCAGCUUUCAGGCGCUGACUUCCCCUUGUGUGCAGGACCUCAUGGAUGUAAACACCAUUCACUUUGUAUCCCUCGUGCCUGGUGUACAAAAUCAUUCCAUAAACGUUUGCUCUCUAUGGAGAUUAUGUAGCAUUUGGGGAGAAAGCAUGUAUCCUGUGAGGUUAUUAGGUGUAUGUCCAAGUGUCGUGUGCUAAUCUGCCCCUGCCGUUUGCUUCGGUAAUGUGGUAUUGUUCCCCCUCUCCCCCAACUCCUAACCAUGCCCCUGAGGGCAGCAGGGCAGCAGCAUAGCAAAGAUGUGCUGCAGAAUUCCAGAAGCUGCCUGAGCAAGUUAGACAUGGGGUAGUUGACCUAGGUCUUGAAGGAGUCCAGAGUGGCAAGAGAAAAGAGAAUCAACUGAUGCUGAAAUGAAGAAGUCUCAUGAGUCCCGGAGGCCUGACUGGAAGCUACAGCAGAGAUGCUAGAGUGCAGGAAACAUCCUCUCUGGUGAAUACAAAGGUCUUCAGUGGACAGUUGGUACCAGCUCUGAAAGCCAUGACCCCUGUUCCCUGCCACAGUGUGGGGCAGGUGUAUUCUUCAUCACAUCAGAAGGACAGUGCUCGUGUGCCAUUCUCGUGAGCAUUCUAAUAAAGAGAUAUAUUCAUAUUCCAGUUUAAAGAAA